AUGAAUAGACAACAUAUGAUAUCAUGUUCUCAAACGAUAAUAUCACCAAUAAUACAUGAAUUAAUAUUUAGUAUUGAUACUUCAUUAGAAUAUUUAUAUAAAUAUAUUGAAUUACCAUUACAAAAUAUAUUUUAUUGUUUUGGUAAUAUUUCAUCAUGUUAUUUUCGUCGACGAUCAUUAAUAGAAUUCUCAAGACAUUCAACUCAGAUACUUGUUCAAAGUUAUGCAAUAACAUUUCUUCUAUAUUUUAUUUUAUUAUUAUUUGGUCAUCUAUUUACUAUUUCUAUACAAAAUCAUUAUUUUAUUGAUCCAUUUUUAUCAAAUAAUCGACAAUGUAUUAAUAUAAAAUUUGUUCGUAUUUAUGAUAAUGAACAUGAUUUUGAAAAUAUUCGAUUAAAAGAUAAUUUUAUUCGAGAAAAUGUUAUUAUUGGAGAUCAAGUCUAUCGAAAAAAUAUAUCUAAUUAUAGUCAACUUUAUGAAUUAUUACAUCUACUUGAAGAUGAUCAUUAUAUGAUCUGUCAACGUUCACUUUAUAUAUAUGCACGUUUUCAUGCUUAUUCUUCCUUAUUACAUAGUAAUUAUUCACAAUUUCGAUUUUUUCUACCAAAUUAUCCUUCAUUUACAAUUGAUCAACCACCAUUUCUUGAUUUAUGUAUUCAUACAUCUAAUCAUACACAUUUAGAACAGAUAAAAUCUCGUUUUCUUCCAUUAGCAUCUCAUUAUUAUGCAUCUAUUAAUGUAUUUCUUUUUGAUUUUAAUUUUACACAAGUUAGUUUAACACUUUAUAUAUUAAAUAAUGAAUCAAUACAUCUUGAACGUAGUUCUAUUCAUACCGGCUGGUUAUAUGAUAUAUAUUCACGAUUUCAUUUUUUCAAAUAUAAUUAUGCCUUAUCAACAGUUUUAUUUGAUGGUUUAUCUGUAGGACAGCAUUUUAUUGAUUAUUUUGAUUAUUUAUAUGUACCUUUACCUGCUGAUCCUUUACUUGCUUUGAAUGAAAUGGUUCAACAAGCACUUUUAAUAUUACCAUUAUGUGGACUUGUACUUUGGUGUGUACCAUCAACAGCUACUCAAUUUAUUAAAAUUGUUAACAAUGCUAUUGACAAAGCUGUCUUACAAGGUCAAGGUAGUGCACAAAAAUGGGUUGCACCAUUAAGUCCUCAUCAUAUUCAUUAUAAAUUGGAUAAUGAAUUCGAGCUUGUUUUUAUUCUGGGUUAUCAAAAAACAUUAAAUAUAUCGUAUGCCGAUAAGUUUUUGAAUGAAAUACAGAAACGUUUUCGUGAUCUAUAUAAAGAUGAUCUAACAAUUGGUGGUUUCAAUCGAUCGUUUCCAUUUCGCGUUACAUAUAAUAAAGUUCUUUCUGAUAUUGAACAAGAAGAUGAAGAUGCAAAAAAAGUAAAACGUGCACCACGUUCUUAUGAAGAGUCUGAUAAAAAACAGAAAACAGUUAAGAUAGUAACUAAAAAAGGUGAUGUAACAACAGAUGAAAAAAAAAAGAAAAAACCUAAACAAAUGGCAACAUCAAACAAACAAACAAUAAAUGCUGUUCAAAAGGAAGAACUAGAUGAAGAAGAACAAGAAGAACAAGAAAAAGAAGAAAUAAAUAAUGAUGAAGAAAAACCGAUUGAAGAAACGAAAGACGAAUCGUUAGUUAAUCAAGGUGAAAAAGAAUGUCUUCCUUUAGAAGAAGUUCAACAACCAACACUUACAGUAGCUGAAAAAUUAUCAGCAAUGGGUAAAAAACCAGGACUAUUUACAAAGGCUCCAGUAACUAAAGCUUCACCUAAACCAGAGAAAGGUAAACCAAGAAAAGUUCUAGCUACAUCAAAUGCCAGCAAAAUUGAUAUCAGUACGAUCGAUUAUUCAAAAGACAAAGGUGGAGAAAAAGUGGGUAAUGGUCAAACAACUAUUACUACUCCAAUAGCUGAUCGACCUGAACAGGGAGAUUUAAAAACUAUGACUGUCGAAUCACCUAGUAUUACAUCUGGUUUAGUCGAUGGUUUUUGGUCAAAAUUAAAAAAAGUUAAUGUUUUUGCAUCAAAAACAUUAACGGCUGAUGAUUUACGUACAGGCAUUGAAGCAAUGCGUGAACAUUUAAUUGCAAAAAAUGUUGCAGCAGAUGUAGCUGAAAAAAUUUGUGAAUCUGUUUCAACUAAAUUAGCUGGAAAAACAUUAGGUUCAUUUGAAAGUCUUACAACAAAUAUUCGUCAAGCUAUGCGAGAUACAUUAGUUAUGAUUUUAACACCUAAACGACGUAUUGAUAUUCUUCGUGAUGUUGUUGAUGCACAACAAGCACGCCGUCCUUAUGCUAUUACAUUUUGUGGUGUUAAUGGUGUUGGAAAAUCAACAAAUUUAGCUAAAGUUGCUUAUUGGCUUAGUGGAAAUGAUUUACGAGUUUUAAUAGCUGGUUGUGAUACAUUUCGUGCUGGUGCAAUUGAACAAUUAUUAACACAUGUACGUCAUUUAAAUAAUAUAUUCAAUGAAAAAAAUAUGCCUAUGAUUGAAUUAUAUCAACGUGGAUAUGGAAAAGAUGCAGCUGGUAUUGCUGCAGAAGCAAUUAAUUAUGCUAAAGAUAAAAAAUUUGAUGUUGUUUUAAUUGAUACAGCUGGUCGAAUGCAAAAUGAUGAACCAUUAAUGAUUGCAUUAGCUAAAUUAAUUCAUGUGAAUAAUCCUGAUUUAGUUUUAUUUGUUGGUGAAGCAUUAGUUGGAAAUGAAGCUGUUGAUCAAGUAACAAAAUUUAAUCAAGCACUUAUUGAUAAUGCACGUUUACAUAGUAGUCCACGUGUUAUUGAUGGAAUUGUUUUAACUAAAUUUGAUACAAUUGAUGAUAAAGUUGGCGCAGCUAUAUCAAUGACUUAUACAACGGAUAAACCGAUUGUUUUUGUUGGUAUUGGACAAAAAUAUCAAGAUCUUAAAACACUUAAUGCAGAUGUUGUUACUGAAGCUCUUUUAAAAUAA